AUGGCUCUCCUUUAUUUUGGCUUGUAUCUUCUUGCCUUAUUCGGAAGUGUCAAUGGCACUGAUAAUGGCAAGUCAAAGAUCAACAGACGCAAAGUUGUACAGAGGUUCAAUCCUCGCCGCAAUGCCACUUCAAGCACCACGCCACUCCAAGUAGGAAACGGCAACUUUGCCUUCGGGGCAGACAUUACAGGGCUUCAAACGUUCAGUCUUUUCAAUACUCUAUCAACAUGGGGUUGGCAUAACUUCAGUCUUCCCAUAACCCCGGGUCAAACCUCAUUAGAUGUUAUAGACUUUACCGGGCUCUAUUGGUGGACUCAUGGGCGACUCGUCAACUACAAUCAGCCAAAUCCAGCAGAAAACGAUAUCUCGGAUUGGUUGAUUCAGAAUCCGCAACGAGUCAAUCUAGGUACAAUUGGAUUUUCCUUCAAUGGAGUGGAGAUCACCGAGGACAUGCUUGAGAACAAGUCUCAGACGCUGGAUUUAUGGACAGGCAAAAUCUCGUCAAGUUUCAUAUACAACGGAACCGAGGUUCUGGUCGAGACCUGGUCCGAUUCGCACUCAGAUACUGUUGGAGUAAGCGUCGAGUCAUCCCUCCUGUCCACCGGGACCCUUCGGAUAUUCUUCGACUUCGCACUGCCCACCAGGAACAAGUUCGACGCCCCCUUCGUCGGCGUGUUCAAUGCCACCAGUAACCACACCACCACCUUGAAAUCUAGCAGGGAUGCCGCGAUGAUUCGCCAUGAUCUGGAUGCAACCACGUACUACGCUUCCAUCAGCUGGGAUCGCCAUGCAGAGAUAUCAGGACCCGUCAAGGGCACUCAUCGCUAUGUUCUCCAACCUUCUCGGGGUGUGCGGAAGAUUCAGCUGUCAACUACAUUUUCUCCGUUUCCAGAUUCAAACGUGCCAGCGUUCGAGGAUGUAGUUGCCGCAUCUAAGACGUGGUGGGAGUCUUACUGGAAUUCGGGUGCAUUCAUUGACUUGUCGUCAACGUCUUCACCUAAUGCCACUGCCUUGCAGCGAAUAACAAUCCUGUCUCAAUAUCUUGUGGCUGUGAAUUCUGCUUCGUCAAAUACUCCGCAAGAAUCGGGGUUGGUAAAUAACGGGUGGUACGGCAAGUUCCAUUUGGAAAUGGUAAUUUGGCACUCCCUUCAUUUUGCACGCUGGAAUAAGUUUCCACUGCUACGGCGUAGCCUGCCAAACAUGUACAGCCGUUAUCUGCCGUCCUCCUACGACCGUGCAAAGGCACAAAGGUACGACGGUGCUCGCUGGGGAAAGAUGACGGACCCCACGGGCAGAUCGGCCCCAGGCGAGAUAAACUCGUUGCUCAUCUGGCAGCAACCUCACCCUAUGUAUUUUGCCGAGCUGGAGUAUCGGUCUUAUCCCAACAAAAAGACACUGGAGUCCUGGGAUGAAAUCUUGACCGGAUCCGCGGACUUCAUGGCAUCUUACGCAUUCUACAACGAAUCGACCGAAGUAUAUGACCUCGGCCCGCCUAUUUAUCCCGUAUCAGAGAACACGGGCCCGAAUGCCACGAUAAAUCCGGCCUUUGAAAUCGCUUAUUGGAGAUUUGGGCUCGAUAUUGCCAUCAAGUGGAAAGAGCGGCAGGGCCUCGACGUGCCCGCCACAUGGACCACAGUCCGAGAUAACUUAGCACCACUCCCCACGGAUGGCGAUACACUUUCCGUAUACGAAGGUAUCCCCAAUAUGUGGCAAAAUACCACGGUACAAGACCACCCAGCCAUGUCUGGUGUGUUCGGCCUCCUCCCGCCGCCUAGUAGCCGGCCACCCCUAAACAUGACGGUAAUGCAGAACACAGCGGACAAGAUCCGAGAUGCGUGGGAUAUUGCAGACUGCUGGGGAUGGGAUUUCCCAAUGCUGGCGAUGAAUUCGCUCCGGCUCGGCGAUAUGGAUCAGGCUGUGGCGUACCUGCUGCACCCGCUGUUCCAGUUUGACGAUGCUGGGUACCCAGUGGGAGGCUCGCGAGUGGCCACCCCAUAUUUUCCUGGAUCCGGCGGGUUUCUACUCGCUAUGGCCAUGAUGUCUGGUGGUUGGGACGGUGCUGAAGGGCCGCAUUUCCCAGAGAACUGGGAUGUCAAGGUUGAACGGUUCGUACCUGGAUUGUAG